AUGCUUGGAAUGAGGCAAGACAAUACAAGAAUCCAUAGAUAUUACAAUCCUAAUAAGAAACCUAUGUUUUAUGAAAUAUUGAAAGAAUAUCAAAGAGAAAGAAAAAUAAAAGAGACUGUGAAGUUAUCAAGAAAAUUAUAUUUGGAAGACGUGAAUAAUCUUGAAGCUUUGCCACUUAUUAGUACCCAAACAAAGCAAGCCAAAAUGAUAAAACCUGUACUUUUCAAGGCAAAUUUGCCAUAUAAAUACUACUAUGCACCUAGAAAUUCAACAAUGAACUCUAAAACUACAAGUAAAUCUGGAUAUAUGAGUAAAUCCAGCACUAACUUCUCAUUUUAAACCAGAACAAAUAUAUGUUAAUUUUUCAUUCUUUGGGUAAAUUAACAUGCUUUAAAUUGAAAAUAUUUUUUUAUAGGUAAAUAAUAAUUUCCAUAUAAAUACUUUUGAUACCAAUUUAAUGUCGCAAAAAUCAAAAUUUACCUAUAACUAAUUCUAUAUUAAAUGGAGAGUGCAAGAUAAAUGCUGCUUAAACACAGCUAGUACUUUAAAUCGAUAAAUUUUAUUAAAAUUUAUAUUUUUUUCUUUCAAAAAAAAUUAAUCUCACUUUAAAUGGAAAAGAUUUUUACACCAAUUUAAAGGUAGGAGUAAGUCAUAUGGCAGAUAUACCCCAUCAUUUGAAGUUACUCCUAGUAGCUCAUUCAAGAUAUGUGACAAAAAAGUGUUAAAAUCAGAACUUAAUCAAUCUAAUGAUAUAGAUAUAUCAUGCUGGGACUCAGUAAAUUAA